AUGGUGUCCUACGACCCUCCCUACGGCUUCCCUCUGCGCCGAAAUGGGACCUGUCUCAGCAGUGAGACCAGCUGCGGCCGCACCUGGGACAAUUUCCACGCCUGCUGUCCUGGCAACUCGGUCUGCCCGGGAGCCACGCAAGCCAUCCCCAACAAUGUCUGCUGUCCAUCAGAGGCAGACUGCACCGCUCCCCUGGAGGAGUCGCCCCACUGUGCCAUCGCAAACGCAACCAUGUACGAUCACACCGGAUACUUCUGCUGCCUUGACGAGCAGACGGGUUUCUGGACGCACAGCCCAAAAGAUGCCGUCGGCUGCUCCGACGGUGUCCCUAACAACCGAUCGUAUUCCAUUUUGAAUCCGAUUCCUUACAAUAUCUCCGGGGCUGCAACCUUAACAUCAUCGACGUCCACUACUCCUACUUCUACCACAUUGUCCACAUACGCCGCUGCCUCCGCCACCACCACGUCCGCAUCCAACUCGUCCACCGGCUCGUCCAGUAAUCAUGGCGGGGCGAUCGCCGGCGGUGUCGUCGGCGGCGUCGGCGGUCUCGCCGUGGUUGGCGCCUUCAUCUGGUAUUUGCUGCGUCGGCGACAAGAGAACCAGCCCAUGCCACCACCGGCUGGCGAACCUGGGGCGCUGCACCAGUAUCAGAACUUGAAUCCCAGGGAGCUUCACGGACACAGUGUGCCAGCGGAGCUGGACACCAUGAAAAACACGCACAUCCAUGAGUUACCGGCCGAAAAAUAG